CUUACUUCAUUUAUGAUUUGUGGGAAUAACUACACAACUUCAUGUGACAUGCAACUUGAUAUCAGGAUGGAUUUAGCUCAUGUCCGUAACCAACCCCGGUUCCCCGCAGAAGCAGUUAGUCGAGAUUCGUUUCGGGAACCGACUCAAAAUGAGUCAUGUUGCUACACCUAUUGGAGCAAAAGCAUCACUCCAUACUAUCCAUCGUGACAGUCUAUAAAUGUAUAAAUAACUGCCCUAUUUUCUUACUUGAUUUUCUUAAUUUUUGGUUCCAGGACAUCUAGCACGCAGAUUAGCAUUAACCAAACAUCUACUUCACAACCGCAGACAGGGCAGAAAACCAAACCACCAAGUGACCCUCAAGAACAAUAACCAGAAAUUCCAACAUCUUGAACCCAUCCCCAACAAGAGACCAAGAUAUAAAGAAGGAAAAACUACCACACGAUGCCCUCCCAAAAUUCAGACGCACAACAAGCAUCAACCUUCACCCCAACAACCCACACCCACCCGUCCCCGUCUUUAGCCCCCACCACGAACAAACUCGCCACCCCCCUCACCGUCUGCAUCAUAGGCGCCUCCCGCGGCAUCGGCGCAGGCAUCGCAUCCUCGUACGCGCGCGCCCUCGCGCCAACCUCAACCCUCUACCUCGUCGCCCGCCCCUCCUCCACCACGACCCUCUCCGCCGUCCAAAAAACCGCGCAAUCCCUCAACCCAUCCAUCACAGUGAUCCCGCUGUACGCGGACAUCACAUCGGCGUCAUCAGUCGCAGACCUUGCUUCAUCCAUCAAGCAGCAUGGCUCGCCUUCCCUCGAUGUCAUCGUGCUCAACUCCGGAUGGGCGGGGCCAGAAGUCGUUCUCGACAUGACGAAAGGCAAACCCGGUGAUUUCAAGGACGUCUUCGAUAUCAACGCGAUUGGCACUUUCCAUGUGAUUCAUUAUCUGCUUCCGUUGGUAAUGGCGGACGGGAGGGAUGGUGAUGGAGGAGGGGUCAGGCAGCUGAUUGUGGUGAGUUCGUUUGCGAGUUUGCUGACGACGGGACCGAUUGCGAACACGGCGUAUUGUGUUUCCAAGAUGGCGCAGUUGAGGAUGGUGGAGUUUGCUGGGGAGCAGUUUGGUGGUGGCGGCGACGCAGGUGGUGUGGAUUGUGUGUGUGUGCAUCCUGGAGCUGUGCUGACGGAGCAGGCGGAUGAGACUUGUCCUGAUGUUUUUAGGCCUUAUUUGACGGAUGAUGUGGAGCUAUGUGGUGCUUUUUGUGUAUGGAUCAGCCGCGAGAAGAGGGCGUGGCUGAAUGGCCGACUUUUGAGCGCGAAGUGGGAUGUUGAUGAGUUAGUUGCUAAAAAGGAUAGUAUUGUGGAGCAGGAUUUGCUGAAAAUGAGGUUACGAAUGGAAGGAACAUCUUCUCUGCCAGCAGUAUAA